GGGUGCCUCUCAGAAGGUCACCUGCUGCAGGGACCAUGACGGUGAGCGGGGCCGUGCUGGCCCCCGAUCCAGCCUCGCCCACGACUGCAGCGGCUUCGCCCAGCGUCUCCGCCAUCCCUGAGGGCAGCCCCACAGCCAUGGAGCAGCCUGUGUUCCUGAUGACCAGUGCUGCACAGGCCAUCUCUGGCUUCUUCGUGUGGACAGCCCUGCUCAUCACCUGCCACCAGAUCUACAUGCACCUGCGCUGCUACAGCUGUCCCAACGAGCAGCGCUACAUCGUACGUAUCCUCUUCAUCGUCCCCAUCUACGCCUUCGACUCCUGGCUCAGCCUCCUCUUCUUCACCAAUGACCAGUACUAUGUGUACUUUGGCACCGUGCGUGACUGCUACGAGGCCUUGGUCAUCUACAAUUUCCUGAGCCUUUGCUAUGAGUACCUCGGAGGAGAAAGUUCCAUAAUGUCCGAGAUCAGAGGGAAGCCCAUUGAGUCCAGCUGUAUGUACGGCACCUGCUGUCUCUGGGGAAAGACUUAUUCCAUCGGAUUCCUGCGGUUCUGCAAACAGGCCACCCUGCAGUUCUGUGUGGUGAAACCACUCAUGGCCGUCAGCACCGUGGUCCUGCAAGCUUUCGGCAAGUACCGGGACGGUGACUUUGAUGUCACCAGCGGCUACCUCUACGUCACCAUCAUCUACAACAUCUCCGUCAGCCUGGCCCUCUAUGCCCUCUUUCUCUUCUACUUCGCCACCCGAGAGCUACUCAGCCCCUACAGCCCCGUCCUCAAGUUCUUCAUGGUCAAGUCUGUCAUCUUUCUCUCCUUCUGGCAAGGCAUGCUCCUGGCAAUCCUGGAGAAGUGUGGCGCCAUCCCCAAGAUCCACUCGGCCAGGGUGUCGGUAGGCGAGGGCACCGUGGCUGCUGGCUAUCAGGACUUCAUCAUCUGCGUGGAGAUGUUCUUCGCAGCUCUGGCCCUGCGGCAUGCCUUCACCUACAAGGUCUACGCCGACAAGAGACUGGAUGCACAAGGCCGCUGUGCCCCCAUGAAGAGUAUCUCCAGCAGCCUCAAGGAGACCAUGAACCCGCACGACAUUGUGCAGGACGCUAUCCACAACUUCUCCCCGGCCUACCAGCAGUACACACAGCAGUCCACCCUGGAGCCGGGCCCCACAUGGCGCGGCGGCACCCACGGCCUCAGCGGGGCCCGUGACAACGAAAAGACACUCCUGCUCAGCUCAGACGAUGAGUUCUAGGUUGGGGUUGCUGGGGGACACAGGCUCAGGCACCGAGGGCAGGGCAUGUCCUCACUCCAGCCUCCAGUCUGGGCCAGGAGACAGCUUGGCCCAGCUUUGGCAAUGCCCUUUAAUUUAUU